AUACACAUACAAAUGUGUAAAUUAAAUUAAUGAAAGGCCUGACAUCAAUAAAAGUAGAAGUAAAUAUAUUGAUAAUUUUCUGGCAUGGGUAUUUUCAAAGAUAUAUUGGCGCAUUUCCCUCGUGGCGGUCUUUCCUAUGUAUUUGCCUAUGGUAGUGGUGUGAAAAAGCAAAUUGGUUAUGAAGAAGUUGCUCAACAGAAGAACAAUGUCAUUGACCUAAUAUUCUGUGUGCGUGAUCCCCUUGGUUGGCAUGCUGAGAAUAUCGAUCGUCAGGAAAGCCACUAUUCUUUGCUCCGCCUAAUGGGUCCGCGUUUCAUUAUGAAAUACCAAGAGCAUCUGGGCGCCCGUGUAUACUUCAAUACAUUGGUGCCCUUGGACGAUAUUCAAGUAACUAUAAAAUACGGGGUCGUUUCACGUGAACACUUGCUGGAUGACUUGUUGAAUUGGCGGUAUUUGUAUCUUGCUGGCCGGCUCCAAAAACCCAUCUGCGAGUUGGUACCCACGAAUGGCGACGACCAAUUAAAAGAGGCUUUAAUGAUGAAUUUAUACAGCGCAUUUCAAGUAGCACUUCUACUGCUACCAGAGCGUUUCACAUCUUACCAACUCUUUCAUACAAUUUCCAGUCUAAGUUACAAGGGUGAUUUUCGAAUGAUAUUUGGCGAGAAUAAGCAAAAGGUUCGGAAUAUAGUAUUGGCACAGGAGAAAGAUUUCUUAGAACUCUACUCUCCCGCAUUGCAAAAAUUUACCAAUUACGUUGCAGCAGAUUUCAAUGGCUCAGAAAUCGGGACCGGCAAAAAAAUUAUACAGUUCGAACAGGACAAGUCGUCGCUGGCUAAAAUGUAUCACCUACGCAACGCACCCAAUGAACUACAAAAGCGUCUUGUGCAAAAUUCCGCCUUUAAGGGUGAUUACAUGAAAAUUGUUCCACACUUAGCAGAUGCUCACAAUCUUCUCGAACUUGUGCAAACUUCAGUGAAUGAUAUAGUAUGGCGCAGCAGCAUAACGCAGUCGAUAAAAAACAUAGCCAGCGCAGGAUUGUUCAAAUCAUUAGUUUAUAGCUAUAAAAAGGCGCUUAAAACCUUUUCAUAAUUGUGGAAGAAUGAUUCAGUGAAUUAUUAUGCCUUCGCUACUGAAAAAAAUACGGAUUUUGAUGGCAUUUGUUGGUAUAUUUUACUUUUGCUGCUCAUUUGAUUAACACACAAAUUAAUUUCGCUGAAGAUUAUAUACUUACUUCACAAAGGGGAGUUACACUGCAGUUUAAAUGUAUUUAAUGCCAAAAUUGCUUAUAGAGUUUUACUAUUGGAAAAAUUGUGGGCUAUGUAAUAUUGUAAAUAAUAGUUUUAUUAUCUAUUUUUAACAUUCGUAAGUAUUUAGUGCAAUAAAGUGAACAGAAUGUGAAU